AUAGAGUUCCAUUUCAAUUCAUCACUAGAAAGGAUCUGUUCUCUGAAGUAGAUGUGGGUCUGUGUUUGUUGAUUGAUCGAAUUGUGCGAGUUCCACAAACUCUUGGGAUCUCUCCGUGCAAUACCUAUAUUUGAACCGAAAUGGGCUUGGCCAGCCAUUGCUGCUUUUGCAUUGAACUUCGAAAAGGCGUCCAAGGGAUCGCAGUCGUUGGGAUUGGCAUCACAGUGCUCUAUAUUUUUGUCAGCUUGAUUGGAGGCCGAGAAAUAUUUCUACUGUUGAACUAUUUUGACGUAAAUCAUGUUUAUGUGGCCAUAUUUUUCUGCUUGGUGAAUUUCUUUGUUCACUUACUACUCUGGCAUGGAGCCAGGGACAAGCAGAAGUAUCAGCUACUUCCUUGGUUGGUCUUCAUUUUCGUGAAAGCAUUGAUCUUCAUCAGUGUUGGAAUAAGCCUUACUUCUCAAAGCUUAGGUGAGAAGCAUUUGAAGGUCAACGAAACGUGCUACAAUUGUUUAGAUCAAGUCGAGAAACAAACUUUGAUCAUUGUGUACAUCUUUAUGCUAUCAGCACUCCAUUUAUAUUUCUGGGUGAUUGUAUACUCCUUGUAUGCCAAAUUGAGCGUGCGCCUUGAGGUUAUGACUGUGAAUGUUAUUUGAUUAGCAUCCUGGUUCAGAGGAAGCUUUGCCUGUAUCUUUACCUUUUCGCCAAUAAAUUCUCAAUG